UGUCCAAUUUGCCCUGGCUAGACCCUUUCCAUUAAGUGAUGGCGUUCCCACACCCUUCUCCAGCUUCUCUUUCUUUUCUCUCCUCCUCCUCCACCGACAUCACCAACCUCAUACCUCCCCAGCGGUGACCGUUUGUGCCGUGCAGACUUUGGUUUGCGUCCUUUCUUUGACGAUCAAGUCAAUACACUCUUUACAGGCUUCGGCCAUACCACAAUCUUUUUAGGUUAUAUUUGUCGUUUAAUCUUAGCAUAAUGUUUUCCACAAAGUUCUUUGCUGCGGCGGCAGCCUCCUUCUCUCUAAUCCGCUCUUCCACGGCCGUUUAUGAUCCAACAUCGCAGAGGAAUUUGGCUAUGUACUGGGGUUCUGGUGCGAAUCAAUAUAAUUUAACGUAUUAUUGUGAGCAACCGAACGUCGACAUUAUCCCUAUUGGAUUCAUCAACAUCUUCCCACCUCAAGCGAACGGAUUAGUGGCCGAGACUUUUGGAAAUCAAUGUUGGAAUGGAAAUUACUCUGGCUCUGGUUACAAUGGAGUCAACAACCCCAAGAACAACUUUCUGUAUGAGCAAUGUCCACAGCUUCAAGAGUCCCUGUACUACUGUCAACAAAACACCAACACGAAACUUCUUCUCUCGCUUGGUGGUGCUGCCGGUGAUUACUACUUGAAUGGACAGGCAGAUGGUAUCUACUUGGCCAACUUCCUUUGGGGUGCAUAUGGACCAUAUAAUCCCAGCUGGACAGGUGUUCGUCCUCUCGACCGUGGUUACAACAAUGACACGGCUGGGGAGACAAUUGACUUUGAUGGUUUUGACUUUGAUAUCGAGCAAACCACACCUGAUCAACAAGCCGGUUACAUUGCUUGCAUCCAACAACUGCGAUUGUUAUUCGCUGAAUACAAAGCUGCAAACCCAGGCUCCAAGGAUUACAUUAUCUCGGGAGCUCCUCAAUGUCCCUUGGAUGAGCCAUACAUGAGCACUGCUAUCGCUGGAGCCCAAUUCGAUAUCCUUUGGAUCCAAUUCUACAACAAUGGUGCCAAUGGAUGCACAGCUCGCAACUAUACCGAUGCGAAGGCCGCUGGAACUAUGUCUGGAUUCAACUAUGAUUCAUGGGUGACCAAGGUCAACGGUGGCGCAAGCGCAGGAGCGAAGUUGUACAUUGGUCUUCUCGCCGGACAAGCCGCAUCUUCCGGAUCACCUAACGAUUAUAUCAAUGCUGCUGCUGUCCAGACUCUUGUCACUCAAUAUCACUCGCACCCUCAAUUUGGAGGUGUCAUGCUUUAUGAAGCUACGGUUGCUGAGAACAAUGGUCAAUUCUAUAACCAGAUCAAGGCUGUUUUGAACAGUAUUGCUCUUGGUGGAACUUCUACCUCUUCUACUGUUCACAGCACCACUACCUCAUUAAAGACAUCGUCGACGAGCUCUUCUAUCAAGACUACAUCCACGUCUUCAUCGAAGAUUACAACAUCGUCAACUUCCACCAAGGCAACCAGCACCAGUGUUUCUUCUACGUCUUCCAAGACUAGCAGCAGCUCAAGCUCCAAGAUUACAACUAGCUCUACUAGCUCAUCAAGCAGCACUUCUACCAAGACGUCCACGACUAGCUCAAGCAGCUCUUCAAAGACUAGCUCUUCAAGCUCAUCAAGCUCAUCGAGCUCUAGCUCAAGCACACUGUCUUCGUCGUCGACUUCUAGCACUCUGAGCAGCUCCUCGAGCAGCUCUUCUAGCUCGACAAGCUCAACCCUGAGCAGCAGCUCCAGCAGCGCGCCUUCCACAACCCCCACCCCAACAACUGUCCCCUCUGUCGGCCAGUGCACAUAUCUCGGCUGCUAUUCCGAAGGAACUAACGUCCGUGCCCUUUCCGGAGCCACAUAUGUCAACUACACCAUGAUGAGCGUCGAAAUGUGCGCAAGCUUCUGUUCCGAGUUUACCUACUUCGGUGUUGAAUACGGUGGAGAAUGUUACUGUGGCGAUUCUUUCGGUCUGGGAAGUGUUGAGGAACCUCACAUCGAUUGCAGCAUGACUUGUGAUGGAACGCCAACCGAGCUGUGUGGUGCUGGAAACAGAUUGGAUGUUUACCAAUGUGGAAAUGCCACCACAACGUCGAGUGUUUUGAGCUCGAGCACUAGCUCGGUUUAUAGCUCGUCUUCUGUCGUUUCCAGCAGUGUGUCGAGCAGUGUUUCAUUGACCAGCAGCUCUUCAUCAGCCCCAAGCUCUUCGUCAACUCUCAGCUCAAGCAGUUCCGUGGUUAGCCCAACGCCCAGCUCGUCAUCCUCCUCGGUUUUGUCCAGCUCCAGCCUUACCAGCAGCUCUGUGUCAUCCACAUACAGCCUAUCAUCAACGUCAUCGGUUUUCUCGAACACAAGCAGCUAUGUUAUUCCAACCUCGACAUCGAGCGUCUACAGCAGUUCCAGCAUUGUUAGCCAAACCUUGACCUCAUCCUCAAGCCUGACAAGCAGCUCCGUGAUCCCAACCACCUCGUCAAGCAUUUACCUCAACUUGACCAUCACAAGCUCAUCGACUUCCAGCAAGGCAUCUGUCUGCUCCCGGAAGACACACACCAAGAAUGGAACUUCAAUCACUUCCUCAUUGAGCUCAUCUUAUACUUUACCUCCUUUCACAAACAGCAGCUCAACCGUUGGACCUACAACCUCUGUUAGCGGAAGUGUUUCGAUUACAAGCGGGUCAUACACCCCUACAUCGACUGGAAGCGUGACCUCAAGCGGAUCCGUGAUCUCUGGAUCAUCCUCUUCGUCUGCCAGCGGAAUCGUCAGCACCCCAUCAUCCACCCUCUCUGGAUCAACCUCCAGUGGAGCUGUCAGCACGCCUUCCUCAACUCAAUACACCACCUCAACAGUAUACACCACAUCCGUCUACACGAUCACCAGCUGCGCCGCCACAGUCACAAACUGCCCCGCUCGCUCCACCCAAGUAACAACCGAGACGAUCGCUCUAUACACAACCGUGUGCCCCGUGACAGAAACCGAGACAGGAAAAGGUGUCCCAACCACCACCCCCUCAUCACCCGCAAGCACCUCCACCCCAGCCCAGGAAUACACCACCUCAACCGUGUACACCACAACCGAAUACACCAUCACAUCCUGCGCCCCAACAGUAACAAACUGCCCCGCCCGCAUCGGCUCCGUAACAACCGAAACCAUCGCCCUCUACACAACCGUAUGCCCCGUAAUCGCCACCCAAUCCGCAACCGCAACCCAAUCCCCCAUCAUCCCCGGCAAAGGCGGGAAAGGCUCCUCCUCUGCGCCAGCACCAACCUCUACCGGCGAAGCGAGCGGUGAACAUCUCACCACGACGCUAUCUUCCACUACGACGUCGUAUGUUACCGUUAAGGUUGUAGAGAGUACCGCAACUGUGGUUGCUAUUCCUUACAGCACCUCCUCUUCUUCGCCAGUGGCUCCUUAUCCCACUGGAUCAGCUGUGGGAUCUGGAUCUGGGCCGGUGGGAACCGGAACCGCGGCGCCGAGCGUCUCGUUGUUUGUGGGACAGGUGGGAAGCUCGACGACGAGCGCGGGGGGUGUGGCUACGAGUUCUAGUAGCCCGGUGCCGAGCACGUUUACAGGUGCGGCGAGUAGUGUGAAAGGGAGCGUGGGGAUGGUGGUUGGUGUUUUGGUUGGUGGGUUGAUGUUGGUGGUUUAGUGCGAAUGAGACAAGGAAAAGAGGAGUGAUUUCUUUUGUUUGUUGGUUGUGCAUGGUUUGGUGUAUGGUUUUGUUUUGAUUCUGUGGUGAGGGGGUGGGUUUGCGGGGAGUAGAAAGGAGAGAGAAAAGGAGAGAGAAAAGGG